AUGCCUCUAUUUCGGAUGAAGACGGUAUUCCCGUUGGUGGCUCUGGUGACUAUCGGAAUAUUCUUCUUUUGCAUGGAACGCUACGACCGCUCAGCUUUCCUUCGGUUUAAGCACCCAAUUGAUCGGGCCACCUUCGGUGGAAACAAGCAACCUCAAGUACAAACGCCGGCACAAUCUGAUUCGCAGCCGUCGGCCAGCAGCACCUGUGAGGCUGACCCGAAAUUGGCCGCCCCCCUUCCCUUCCCUGAAUGGCUCCCACGCAAGAACUACACUCGCGCCUAUUUCCGUCCCCGUCAUGUGAACCCUCGCACCGAAUUCCACACUUUGGAGGAAAUCGAGAAGCCUGUACUCCCGCCCAUGGUUGUCAUGGAGCGCGGUAUGGUCGUGUCUCCCGAGAACAAGCCGGAAAACUUUGUCUGCCCCGAAAUCAUCGACGUCGAUGUGGCCGCCGAUGACGAUGUCGAGGAGACCUCCAAGCUUCUGUUUGGUCUGGCCACUACUGUCGACCGUCUGGAUCGCCUGCUUCCCUCUCUGCUUUACUCCUACGGAAACACCAAGGCCGGCCUGAUUGUUCUGGUCCCUGAGUCUGACGACGACCUGGAGAAACAAGAGACCUACUUCCGCAACCGCGGUCUGGACUUGACCCUCAAGGCCUCUCCGCUCGACUUCACUGCCCGUUACUUUGGUAUGGUCGAGGCGUUCACCGAGCACAUUCGCAAACACCGUCCGCACACCACCUGGGUUGGAUUCAGUGACGACGAUACCUUCUUCCUGUCGCUCCCCACUAUCGCCGAGGAAUUGAAGCUCUUUGAUGAGAACAAGAAGCACUACAUUGGAUCUUUGUCUGAGGCCAGCUGGCAGGUGGAUACUUUUGGCCACAUUGCAUUCGGUGGUGCCGGUGUGUUUGUCUCGAAGCCUCUUUUGGAUGUCCUGAUGAAGCACUACGAUGAGUGCCAGUCCUGGGGCGAGCAGCCUGGUGACCAGAAGCUUGGCCAGUGUAUCCAACGCUUCGACCCCGUGGACGGCGUUUACGAGUCCGGUCGCAAGAUCGAAUCAAUGCACCACUGGAACAGUUGGUACAGCAAGGACGUGGUCAAGAUGACCACCGUUUCUGCUGCCGCAGGCCGCAAGUCUGUUCUCCGUCGCUGGGUCUUUGAUCAGGAGGAGACUGUGAACGCCGCUACUGGCGAGACUCUCCGUCACUUCUGGGUUAUGACGAACGGCUACUCGCUGGUGAAGUACACGUACGGCGAGCAUGUGCCGGAUGAUGCUAUCAACUUCGAUGCUACCGAAAAGACCUGGCCCGAAGACCCCCGCGGCUAUGAAGACCGCCUGGGCCCCCUGCGUCCCGCAGAGGAAGACGGUGUUGCCAAGGAUCGGUGGUUGCUCCGUGAUGCAUUCGUGGUUGGUGAGAACGUGCACCAAUUCUAUGUUCGCGAAGAAGAUGAGGGCCACAGCGUGAUUGAGAUAGUCUGGCUCGGUCCCAAGGGCGGCGGUGGCGGUGGCGUGAGUGACCAUUAUCUUCGCGGCACUUACCAGCAAUAA